AUGUUCAAAUUCGAGCUGGGCGACGAGGCCGCGGCGGCGCCGGCGGCGUCAGCGACGGGCAACGUGCGCGUCUACGAAGACGCGACGUCCCCCGCGGAGGUUCGGCGCCGCGCGGCCGAGCGACGCUGGCGCGUCCACUCGUCGAAAGCAGCGGCGGACGACCGGGCCAUCAAGGUCCAGCUGGGGAACGUCGAGGAUAAGCUGGAGCUGCCGGGGCAGUGGAGCCAGGCGAUCUAUGACGUGGUAGGCGAGGACUAUGACUCCCAGGAAGCGUUGGGGCGCAAAGCUUCCCAGGCGAUCUUGCGCUUGGCAUCGCGCGCCUCUCGCCACGAGUUCCCGUUUGGGAUGGGCGUUUUAGCGCAGCUGUGUGCUUGCACCAACGGUGCGUUCGCAGCCAUCUUCCCGGGGGGCCCUUGUCCCGCGGCGCUUCCGGUUCUGAGCAUCAACCAGCCACAGACUCGGAAGAGUUCGGGGCACCGUGCUGGCAUGGCAAUUGGCCGCCAGAUCGACGAGAACGUCGUUGACAAGGCUAAGCGUUUGGCGCGUGAUUUGGCGGCCGAGCACUUGGACCAGCAGGGCGUUGAAGCGGCAGCCCGCGCUGUCUGGCGGUGCGCAGGCGACUUGGACCGAGUGAAACCCAACGAGCUACAUGACCUUUCUGGACGCGUGUAUUUCCGCACGCUCGUGAACUUGGAUGAGGCGUACCGGUUCCUGAAGAUGGUGCCGUCAGGCUUCAAGAGGUGGAAGUGGCCGAAGCUUCUGAAGGGCGUCGUGGGGCUCCUCGGCUUGCCAGAGGCAGCGGCCGACUACGAGGAAGCGCGGCGCGAGAUGCAGCCCGUCGCCGCCCGCGCGACCCAGGAGGAUUCGGGCCCGGAGGAGGAUGGCCCCGGCGAGUUCCUGCCCAAUCGCCGCGGGUACGCG